AUGUCUCGUCCCGACACAAAUCUCCUGCACUCUUUGUCCACUGAACUCUCCCAGCGGCUCAAAGAUGUCCUAAAUCAAGCCCUGCUUGGGUUUAUACGGCCAAAUUCUGUGUCUCAGUUUGCUCAACAUGCUUCCGGGUUAGAAAAAUUCCGGGAGGCUAUUGCGCAGAGAAAUUCGAACGAUGAUACAGAAUUUCUGCGCAGCUUCCGAGAAUUCGCUCCCACCACAAACUACGAUCCUUACAAGCCGUUCAUGGCCAAGUUUUUUGUCACCCCUUGCAAAUCCUCUGACGUAAAAAACCUGUUCGCCCCAGGGCUGCCCUACUGCUUAGCCGUGUCCAGCACGACAUCUGGAAAAGCACCAAAAACAUUCCCGAUAUAUCGACCUGCACUGCACCUUUUGCAUCAUCCUUUAUAUUUGUCGCUCCGCCACUCAGAGGGUAGCACCUUAUCACCAUCUUCUUUGGGUUUUGGGCAAGCCCUGAAGAUUGAUUUCGAGGACGGCCAUAGCUCCAAGGUGUUGCCAGUGUGCUCGGUAACAGUCGGGUUUCUGCGAAUGCAAAUGAACUGGCACGUCGAGCACGACAGGGACAGAAUUGAUUUAUGGGUUCCGGGAAAAAAUGGUCCAUACGCGAUUUCCUUGGUGAAGAGCUAUCGCGCUUUCUUCAUCCUCAAUACGCUAUUUGCACUUGCAAACCGUCGGGUCACAACCAUUCGGUUCCUCUUUGCCAGUGUAUUCGUCAAUUUUUUGCAAUACAUAGAGGAUGAGUGGACCCUACUCAUCGACUGCAUCGAGAAAGGAAUUAUCCCGGACACAGAAAACUUAAACUAUCUGCGAGAACCUUUAGAGAAACAUUUUACUCCAAACCCUCUUCGUGCUGCCGAACUUCGCGAAAUUGGGCCUCCUGGAAUCCGGGGUUUCAUUGGGAUCACUGGAGGUCCCGCUGCUGCAUCUGUUCCGAAGGCACGUCAAUUGUCGAAGGUCUACUACUCAACUGACGGUCAGCGACGCAAGGUUACUCAUGUCCUCGGGCCUUCUGUUGCAAUAGAGGCUCCUUGUUAUGGCAGCUCAGAGUGUUAUAUCGCCGUACCAUAUUUCAACGGCAACCCUAACACCGACUUCAAGGUGGUACCCGUAGAUGGGGUCACCGAGUAUCUGGAUGUGCAUUCCAACGAGCCUUCGGAGCGUGUAUUGUCCGCCUGGGAACUUGUGACUGGAGGCCAUUACGAGCCCGUCUUGACGACACGCAAUGGCUUGUGGAGAUACCGCAAUGGCUUGUGGAGAUACCGCAUUGGCGAUGUGGUCACCGUUAAAGGUUUUGCGCCAGAUGACGGAUUACCCGUCAUUAAUUAUCUUCAUAGGCGAGAUGGCUCACUUGGGCUGGCGUAUGGAUCAACGUGUACAGAGUCGCAAUUGACGAACGCGAUCGUAUCUGCCUCUACACGAUGGAUCGGCCAAAUCAUAGAUUUCACUGUUGUGGCCGAUGAUCGAGACACACCAGUUACUUAUGGGUACUUGGUAGAAAUUGGAGGGGGGAUAGGCAAGGACGCGAAAAUGGCCACACAACAAACUUUUGAGGAUCUCAUGACGAACGAUGAGUAUCAUAUGGCUUUUUGGCAAGGGAGAGCAAGAAAGCCAACCAUCCGGCUCGUGGAGAGAGGCACGUUCACAGAAUAUCGCAGGUAG